GAGAAAUAGGAGGAAGAUCGACGAAAACGUUUCGUUAUCAUUUCAAAUUAUCACGUGCUUGCUUGCCUUUUGUACCGUUAGCCACCAUGGAAGUCGCCACCUCGCCCUACAAGGACCAAAAGCCCGGCACAUCGGGCCUGCGCCAGAAGGUCACCGUCUUUCAGCAGCCAAACUACAUUGCGAACUUCGUGCAGAGCACCUUCAAUGCCCUGCAGCGCCACGGCGGCGUGCCACAAGUUCUCGUAAUCGGCGGUGACGGCCGUUAUUAUCUGCCGCAGGCGGUGCAGGUGGUUCUGAAGGUGGCAGCCGCAAAUGGUGUGCGCCGGGUCUGGGUGGGACAGCACGGGAUGCUGUCCACGCCGGCUGUUUCCACCAUCAUCCGCCGCCGUCGUGACCCGGAGGGCCGCUGUGCGACCGGUGCGUUCAUCUUAACCGCCAGCCACAACCCCGGCGGCCCGAAUGCAGACUUUGGCAUCAAGUACAACUCCGAGAACGGCGGCCCGGCGCCCGAGAAGCUGACCGCCGACAUCUUCGAAGAAACGGUGAAGAUUUCGCAGGUGAAGAUCGAUGCUGCUCUCCCCGACGUGGACCUGAACACCGUCGGCAGCCACACCUUCCAGCCCAGCGGCAUGGAGGUGGACAUCAUCGACAGCUUGGAGGACUACGUGUCGUACAUGCAGGAGGUGUUUGACUUCGAUGCCAUCAAGCACCUUGUGCAGCGGCCAGACUUCAAACUGCAUACGGACAGCCUGCACGGCGUCAGCGGCCCCUACGUGGAGCACAUCUACCACUGCUGCCUCGGCGUGCCCAAGUCAUCGCUGCGGCACACAGACGUGCUGCCCGACUUUGGUGGCCGCCACCCAGACCCAAACCUAACGUACGCGUCGGACAUCGUGCAUGUGAUGGGGCUGUUGCCGGACGGCAGCAUCAACCCAGCCAUGGAAAGGUUCGACUCGAUCCCCAGUUUCGGGGUGGCCUUCGACGGGGAUGCGGACCGCAACAUGAUCCUCGGCGCGCGCUUCUUCGUCAACCCGUCCGACUCCCUCGCCGUCCUGGCAGCCAACGCGGACUGCGUGCCCUUCUUCCAUAAGUCCAGUGUCGGGGGUCUGCGGGCCGUCGCGCGGUCGAUGCCCACCAGCGGGGCGGUGGACCGCGUGGCCGCCGCGAAAGGGUUCACCCUCUUCGAGGUUCCCACCGGUUGGAAGUUUUUCGGCAAUUUGAUGGACAGCAAAGACGUGUACGGCGGCGUCGACUACAACCCUCUGCUGUGCGGCGAGGAAAGCUUCGGCACCGGCAGCAACCACAUCCGUGAAAAGGACGGCGUCUGGGCCUCGCUGUUUUGGCUGUCGAUUCUCGCCCAGCGCAACCACCACGCAGCCGUGACGGGAGGCGCACCGUUGAUCGGCGUGCAGCAAAUCGUGGAGGAGCACUGGGCCACCUACGGCCGCAAUUACUACUGCCGCUACGACUACGAAGAGGUCGACGCAGAAGCUGCACACGCGGUGAUGGAGAAGGUGGAGACGACGACGUCGACGGAUGUGCCCGCGCUGAACGGCGUGGCCUGCAAAACGAUCGACAACUUCAGCUACACCGACCCGAUUGAUCACUCCGUCUCGACGAAGCAGGGUGUGCGGGUUCUCUUCGACGAUGGCUCCCGCUUUGUGCUGCGCCUCAGCGGGACGGGCUCCUCUGGUGCGACAAUUCGGCUGUACUUGGAGCAAUACAUGGACCCGGAGACGGUAAAGGCGCACUUGGCGGCCAAAACACUUCCGACAGCGGGCAUGGCGCUGAAGGCGUUGAUUGAGAUCGCGCUGAGCGUGUCGCAGAUGGAGAGCUUUACCGGCCGCGAGGCGCCGACGGUGAUCACAUAA